AUGCGACAAUUGUAUCUACGCGUCUUUUACGACGACACUCAGACGCCGGAAGAAGAGCAGCUGCUACUGCGUGCCGUGGACAGAGCCAACUUGAACGCCAGUGACCAUAGAGACGCCUCUUCGGCGGAAGCUGGGGCGUCGAGGAUCCCGCAUUUAAGUCUAGCCGUGCAGCGGCUGUCUCCAGGCGACGCGUUUCGCUCUUCGAAGAAAGUUUGCAGUCUGCUGCAGCAAGGCGUCAUUGCAGUAAUGGGUCCCCCUGAUCCGACGACCGCAUUGCUAGCGAGAAAAGCCUGCGCCGCACAUCGGGUGCCCCACGUGUACAUGCACCGAGAACAGCAUGGACCGGGACCGCCCUUAGAUGGGGCCUCAUUUACGCUGACGCCCAGCCCGGAGGAGAUAGGAGUGGCGAUUAGGGACCUUGUGACCGCUCAGCGAUGGAACCAUUUCACAAUCGUCUACGACAAGCCAGACGCUCUAAUCAGACUUCGAGCCACUGUGGCUCUCUUGGCACCAGCGUCUGGCCCAGCUGUAACUGUGAGCCUUCGAACAAUAUUCCGGGACCAAGAUCCAGCUCCCGUGCUACGAGACAUCACCAAAUCUGGCGAAAGCAAUAUCAUCCUUGAUAUUGACGCCACCCGGUUGGGCGACGUGCUCCGACAGGCUCAGAAGAUUGGAAUGUUGACGGAAUACCACAACUACAUUGUAACAACCCUGGACCUCCACACUGUGGAUCUCUCUGAGUUUCGUUACUCCCGCACCAAUCUGAGCGGAUUUGAGCUUCUGGACCGAGACCUCUGGCAGCAAGAUCUUGGACUGACCAAAGAGGCUUACGCGAAGACCGGCAUUUAUCCACUCUUCAUCAGAAGCAGACCAACGAGAAGGCCAUUGAGUCUUAAUUCAGCGCUGUCCCAGGAUGCCCUGUAUCUGUUUGUGGGUGCCCUACAAACCCUGGCAAGGAAGAAAUCUCUAGAAAAUCCUCCCGGCGUGCGUUGCGAUGCCGAGUUUGUUUCUAGAUCUAGGACGCAAGCUAGGUCACUCGUUGAAGUUGUAAAAAAGAUACAGUUCUUUGGACUGACAGGCCCCGUUCAUUUGGACCGCUUCGGCCGACGCGAGAAUAUUACACUCCACGUCGUACAAUUGAAAAAGGCUGGACUCGCCUCGAUAGGAACCUGGUCAUUAAAAGCCGGUCUAAAAAUAACCCGCACAACGUCCGUGGUUCAGGAGGAGAUCUUGGAUACGCUCAAAAGAAAAACCUUCCGGAUCACAACCCUCAUAAAUUCUCCGUACGUGAUGCUAAAGAAGUCGGCGUCCCUACUAAGUGGCAAUGACCGGUUUGAGGGCUUCUGCGUGGACUUAGUGCGGGAACUUUCCCUGCUCCUCGGAUUCCGCUACCAGCUCCGUCUUGUAAGAGACGGAGCCUACGGGACCAAAGAUUCUACAGGGCGAUGGAAUGGGAUGGUGCGCGAACUUGUCGACAGGGAGGCCGACCUUGCGUUGGGUGACCUGACCAUCACGUACGUAAGGGAAGAGGCGGUGGACUUUACAAUGCCCUUCAUGACCUUGGGCAUCGGGAUUCUGUUCCGCAAGCCCCAGGGUGAUCGGACGCUGUUCUUCUUUCUCUCGCCGUUGUCUUCGGACGUGUGGCUCUGUGUCGCCGUGUCGUACCUCGGUGUGAGUUUCCUCCUGUGCCUUCUAGCCCGCUUUAGUCCAGCGGAGUCGGGCCUCAAGAGACGAUCGUGUUGCUGUGAAGAGACCUUGUCACCUUGCGGGCAUUCUAAAGAGAGUGAACUGAAGAAUCAAUUCACGCUCCUCAACAGCCUUUGGUUCACUAUAAGUGCCAUCAUGCAGCAGGGCUGCGACGCUUCACCAAGGUCGGCAUCUGGGCGGCUGCUGGCGGCCUCCUGGUGGUUCUUCUCCUUUGUUGCAAUCUCUACGUACACGGCCAACCUGGCGUCGUUUCUCACUCGCGAGAGGCUCCGCUCGCCCAUUCAAAGCGCCGAAGACCUGGUCAAGCAGUCGGAUGUUCGCUACGGCUGCGUCCGAUCGGGAUCUACGGAGGCCUUCUUUAAGGAAUCUAAGUUGGAGACUUACGAGCGAAUGUGGCAGGCGAUGAAGCACUCGAUGGUAGAUUCCAACUCGGAGGGUGUGUCCCGGGUGUUGAGCGAAGCCUACGCCUUCCUCAUGGAAUCUACUAGCAUCGAGUACGUCGCACAAAGACACUGCCAGCUAAAUCAAGUUGGGGGCCUCCUGGACUCCAAGGGAUACGGUAUUGCCACGCCCACAGGUUCUCCGUAUCGGAACCUCUUGUCGUCGGCCAUCCUGAGACUACAAGAGAGCGGAACCCUGCAGCUACUCAAGGAAAGAUGGUGGAAUGUCGAUACACGUGGAAGGUGUCCUGAGGACGCGGGCAGUGGGGUCUCUAGCUUAAGUGCAGCGAGCGAGCUGGGACUUUCUAAGGUUGGCGGCGUUUUCGUCGUCCUCCUGGCGGGACUUGGCUUCGCUUGCAUCAUCGCUGUGGUUGAGUACCUCUGCAAGGCUCGCCCUCUCCGAAGCAAAAGAAGGCUCAAUUAUACCCACGUCCAGCAUGUUUUGGACGGAUUCAUUCAACAGCUUUUCAUGACGGUGUGA